AUGGACGAGCUACUUGCACCUCUUCAGAAUGCCUUUGAGGGCCAGAUUGACUUUCACGGUCAACGUCUGGCAGAGAUCCUGACUACAGUCUUGUUGAUCAUCUUCGGGGCCAUCAGUUUUGUCGUCGGAUACAUCUACAAGGACAUUCACCUCACGCUAUGGAUCGGUCUCGGUGGCACACUAUUCACAGCCCUCGCCGUUGUCCCUCCGUGGCCCAUCUACAACCAGAACCCAGAGCGGUGGUUAAACUCUGCAGGCAGGAAGGCAGGCGCGCCCAAAGUACUCGUGGAUGGGGUCAAAGUGGCUUGA